AUGCUAUUACCCCCUUUAUUGCCUUGGUUGUCUCUGUUUCUGUUGUGGAGUGACAGUCCCACACUGGCAUUAUCUCUCUCGGACGCUCCGAAAUCUGCCGUGAUUGUGGGAGGUGGUCCUGUGGGGUUGGCGACCGCGUUGACCUUAUCGAAUCCACCACAUUCGUAUGAUGUCACCGUCUUGGAGCAGGCUUCGGUGGAACAGUACGAUCCUACCAAGGCGUACUUGUACAAUGUCAAUCCCCGUGGUCAAGUAUGGAUGAAGGAACAUUUCCCAGGAGCCUUGGCCAAAUUGCAAGCCAGAGGAUCCCAGGGUAGCAUGAGUCGCAUCACCAUUGUUCCGGCCGAUCCACAAACACCCAUUCCUCAAAUCAAAACGUUGGACCGAUACGAUACCACCAAGAAUAAUCCUCAACAAGAUGGAGAAGCAGAAGAAGCAGAAGUGGAACAGAGCAGUAGUGUGGCACUCAAAGACGACAAGGUCGAUACUCGAAACUAUUGGAUUCCUCGACACAGCAUGAUUUGUCUCCUCGAAGACGAAAUCAAGGAACAAGAAGCCGCUCGCAUGGCCUCGUCCACAAAACAAGUGGGGGCCAUUCACCUCAAAAAGGAUCGAAAAUUCGCCUCGCUGACACCAUCGGAAGAUGGAACCGUGAAAGUUGCCGUCCAAGAAGUGACCACUGGUGAAACCGAAACUUACUCUGGUAGUCUCAUUGUCGCGGCCGACGGAUUCAAUUCGGCUGUGCGAGAUUGUUUGGCCGAUGACAAGCAGACAUCGUGGUUGCAAACCAAACCGGCCCAAUUCCGUGUCAAGCGAUGGAAAUCACCCGCCUCGGGACUUCGCAUGAAGGUAAUUCAAAUGCCUCCUGGCUUUGGCAUUCCCGAUUCCGAUGGCACACUCAAGACCACCGAAAAUGAAUACACCUAUGCGAUUCGGCCAACCUUCACCGGAUUCAACAAUUUUGUCAGUUUGGGAUUGUUGCCCGUCAAGGAUCCAUCCAUGAUUCGACCGGCCAAUGUCAUUACGCGUCCCGACCACGAUAUUUGGACCAAAGUCACCGAUGGACCCACCGCCAAGGCGUGGUUUUCGGAAGCCUAUCCUCGCUUUCAUUGGGACGAUUAUGUCGACGAUGCCGAGUGGGACCGAUUUGCAAAAGCUGCAGGAACCACAUUUCCCUACUGCCAGUACAGUCCGGGAUUGCAGGUCACUGGGCCUCAACAAACCAGUGGUGUGGCGUUAGUCGGUGAUGCAGCGCAUGCGUUUCCACCCGAUAUUGGACAAGGAAUCAAUGCUGGUCUGUGCGAUGUCGUGGCGUUGGAUAGAGCUUUGAGAGGAAAAGAUAUCAUUACGGGGAAGGAAGGAGAAACACCCGCCAAUCUGGGUGCUGCCCUGAAAGAAUAUGAGCGAGUGCAAGGUCCUCAAAUACGAUCCUUGAUUCGCAUUUCACGGUUUGGCUUUCCGUAUCAGUAUCGACAAUCGUGGUUUCGAGAUCGCGUUGGUCGGCUGCUCUUGACGUCCAACAUUGCCUUUCGCAUGCUCUUGAACAAACUCAGCUUUGGAAAGAUCCCGCCUUCGUGCAUUGUGCUCCUGCAAAAUAGUCAGUUGACCUAUCGGCAAGUCAUGAGACGGGCUGACCUUACGACUGCAGCUUUUUGCGUGGUGCUGUUGGCUUUUCUCUGGGCAAAGUUUGGAAUGAUGUUGAUGAACAUCAUUGGGUUGGCCAUUUGA